AAUUUUCUUGUUUGUUGUUUAACUUAUAUGUCUAACAACUGAUCCCAAACCAUCAUCACCGACACCGACGCCGACAAUAACUGAAUGGCCAACAAAAACAAACGCCGCGGCGGCGGCCUAUCGUCGGCGCCGAUCUCGCCCUCGUCGGCGUCGUCAUCGCCGGCCAAUGACGUCAAACAUCCCGACCGACAACAACAGCAACGCCGACGGGAGUUGACCUAUAAGUCGGCAAAGAGACGACUGGCUAUUAUCGAUGAUUUGCUCAAAAAGUGCACUUAUUAUAACAACAAUACGGCUAAUAAUGGUCAGCAACUUCUUGAUGAACAUAAAGACAUUAAUCAAUUGUUAGACGAGAUAAUGGUCAUCGAGAAAGACAUAGCAAUCGAUUUACCGAAACGAUUGCCAGAAGAUUGGACGGCUUUCGAGAAGUGGCUGAAAAAUGUCGGCGAUAUAGACAUGUCCAGAGUGGACAUCCGAUGGAUUGAUGAUAAACAUGGUUACGGUUUGUUUGCUAAGACAUCGAUUGGCGAAUCGGAACCGUUUCUGGAGAUACCCAGAAAGCUGAUGAUGUCGCGCGAAACGGCUCUGACGUCUGACGAUGAUUUAGCUACGUUCAUCCGCGAAGACCUGAUUUUGCAAAACAUGCCUAACAUAGCAGUGGCACUACACGUGAUCAACGAAUACUGCAAACCGGACUCAUUUUGGAGGCCAUAUCUACAGUGUUUGCCGCCGGUAUACGAGACGGCCAUCUAUUUGACCGAUGAUGACAUGAAUCAACUGAAAGGUACACAAAUACUGGACGAAGUGAUUAAAUUGAAGCGAAGUAUUGCCCGACAGUAUGCCUACUUUGCGGAUAAAUUAUUGAAUAACGAAACGGCAACCAAACUGACAAUCAAGAAGUGCUUUACGUAUGAACUCUAUCGUUGGGCCGUUUCGACAGUAAUGACACGACAAAAUGCCAUACCAUCCGGUGAUGGCCAGUCCAUGACUACAGCACUUAUACCGCUCUGGGAUAUGUGUAAUCAUAAACACGGAAAGCUUUCAACAGAUUAUGAUUUAGACGCCGACUCCGUUAUCUGUCGUGCAAUGAUGGACUUCCAGAGUGGAGAACAGAUAUUCAUAUACUAUGGUCCGCGAUCUAAUGGCGAGUUUUUCAUACACAAUGGUUUCGUGUAUAUAAGCGAUGAUAAUAAUUGUGACAACGAUUUUCUACCAUUUAAACUGGGAGUUAGCCGUAACGAUGGCCAAUAUCAACGAAAAUGUGAUUUAUAUAAGCGAUUAAAUUUAAAUAUAUCCGGUAUCUAUCAUCUAUAUAGUAGACAUCAACCGAUGGAUAAAAGAUUAUUAGCAUUUUUGCGUGUAUUUCAUCUGAAUCAAGAUGAAUUAGACCAUUGGUUGGCCAGCGAUAAUCUAACGGAACUAUUCAAUAGUGAUUGCAAUGAUUUAAUGUAUUUAAAUGAAAAAAUCUGGCAAUUUUUGGCCAUUAGGUGUACACUGUUGUUGAAGGCCUACCCAAACCCGGAAUCGGUAGCAAAAUAUAAUACUACUACUAAUAAUAAUAAUAGAAAUGUCGAACAAUUAAUUAAAAGUGAAAUGAAUUUACUUAAAAGCUAUGUUUAG